AUGAUUCAGAAAGCUGCUGUAGUCCAUUUCCAAAAUAACUUCGGAGAAGCAAGGAAGGUGAGACCAACGCUAGGGGGACAGUUUCAGAGACAUUUGCCCGGUGAUGUAUCAUUACAAUUGGAAAGACCGUUUGAGGAAGGGGAAAUUGUGGCGGCUCUAAAAGGGUGUAACAGUCUAAAGGCUCCAGGUCCGGAUAGUUUCAACUUCUCGUUUAUCAAGAAAGGGUGGGAAUUCAUGAAGGACAUCAUAACUCAAUUCUUCUCAAAAUUCCAUCGGAAUGGAAAGCUCACGAAAGGUAUUAACUCUACUUUUGUAGCUUUGAUUCCUAAGAUUGAUUGUCCCACUACCUUUAAGGAUUUUAGGCCUAUAAGUAAGGUGGGAAGCAUUUACAAGAUCCUAUCCAAAGUGUUAGCUAAUAUGCUUAAAGAAUCGCUAUCUACUAUCAUUGGUGAGGCUCAAGCUGCGUUUGUUGGGGGUAAACAAAUAUUGGAUGGGUUCCUGAUUGCCAAUGAAGCUAUUCAUAGUUGGAAACACUCUGUUCAAGGAGGUCUCAUUCUUAAAUUGGAUUUUGAAAAAGCGUAUGACUGUGUAAAUUGGGGUUUUCUACUUUAUAUGCUUAAGAAGGCAGGUUUUGGGGAUAAGUGGUGUGGGUGGAUCAGAGAGUGUUGUUCCACAGUUUCUAUGUCUGUUUUGAUUAAUGGGUCAGCUACACAGGAGUUCCAAACUCAGAAAGGAUUGAGGCAGGGGGACCCCUUAUCUCCUUUUUUGUUUAACGUAGUAGCUGAAGCACUCAAUAUUUUGUUGGAAAGAGCUCAAGAGAAAAACAUAAUUAAAAGCGUCAAGCUAGGGAGUAAUGGAGUGACUAUUUCUCACCUUCUGUUUGCCGAUGACACAAUCCUUUUUUGCAACAAUGAUUUGGAGGAGAUGGGGAACAUUAAGAGAAUUCUCAGGUGCUUUCAGUUAAUGUCCGGUUUGAAGAUCAACUAUUCUAAAAGCUCCGUUUGUGGUGUAAAGAUUCAGCGGGAGGAUGUUCAAGCACUUGCACAAGUGAUGGGGUGUAGGGUGGAAUCUUUGCCAAUUAAAUACCUUGGGCUUCCGUUGGGUGCUAAUCCGAGGAGAAUCAAAACGUGGGAACCUGUCCUAGAACGAACUCAAAAGCGGCUAAGUAUUUGGAGAACGAGAACCAUCUCUACCGGGGGCAGGCUUACGCUUAUCAACCACAACUCUAGCACUCUGCCUAUUUAUUUCAUGUCCCUCUUCAAAAUGCCAGUGGCAGUUGCAAAAAUGCUGGAGAAGUUACAAAGGCAAUUUUUUUGGGGAGAUACACCGGAUAAAAAGAAAAUGCACCUGGUCCAUUGGGAGAGGAUUACUGUAAAGGUUGUUCGUGGGAAAUAUAAUCUGGAUCGGAGGAGUUGGCUCCCAUAUACUCCACUCUCUGGAUCAAUUUCUAAUAUAUGGAAGGACAUAUGCUCAGUUGGGGAAAAUGACUCGGUUCUUGGGUUUUCUAUUCGGGAGGGGUUCAAAGUGCAAGUAAACUCUGGCUGCGAUACAUUAUUCUGGGAGCAUAUGUGGUUGGGCAAUACUGCGAUUAAGGAUGAAUUCCCAAGACUAUAUGGACGUUCUACCCAACAGAAUGAGGUACUAAGUAAUAUUUGUGGAGGAGGGAGUCAGGGUGACUGGAAUCUGUUGUUUAGGGGAUCUUUGCGUGUACGGGAGCAUCACCAAUUUGAGGAGUUGAAACAAAGAUUGAAUGGGGUGACCUUAGAUCCUUCAAAAUCUGACUUGAUGCAGUGGAACUGGACGGCAAACAAAAUUUUCUCUGUUAAGUCGGUCUAUCAGAGGUGGGAAAUGCAGUUGCAAUCACGCCAUACUACUCUGGGAUCGGUGUGGAGAAAUUUGAGCCCUCCUAAAGUGGAAAUCUUCUCAUGGAUGGCCAUUCAGAAUAGAAUUGCAACACGGUCGAUUCUUCUUGAUAGGAAUCUAAUCCCCGAGGUUCACUUGGCUACAUGCCCCUUGUGUGCCCUUCAUGUGGAAACUCCUCAACACUUGCUAUUACAUUGUCGAUUUUCGUGGGUGGUAUGGUCUGAAAUUCUAAAUUGGUGGCACAUCCAGUGGGUUUGUCCAGCCUCAUUGGAAGAGUUAGCAAGUUGGUGGUUUGGGAAUAGAUUCCGAAACUUGGAGAAAAAUAUUUGGGAAGUGUGUUUUUUUGCAACGUUAUGGUCAAUUUGGUUAACGAGGAAUGGGUAUAUCUUUAACGGGAUAACAACUGAGGCUCUGGAGGUGGCGGACCUAAUUAAAACUAAGGUAGCCAUGUGGAUGAAGGCCAAAUUUGACAUCAAGCUCUACACGGUAGAGGACUUCAAAGGAUAUUUGGAUGGGAUCCGAAAAGUGAAAAUGUAG